AUGGCAUCUUCCUCUAGUAAUUUAGAUACCAAUCAUAAUAAUAAUAUUAAUAAUAAUAUCAAUGGUUUGAACUCUUUCAACCAUUUUUCAUUCUCAACAACUCAACCUUUCAUGACGACUAGUUCUUUCUCUGACCUUUUAGCUUCCCCUCUUGAUGAGAAUGACAACAACUCGAGAAAUGAUUAUGGUGUUCCUAAGUUCAAGUCUACACCUCCUCCUUCUUUGCCUUUGUCACCGCCUCUCGUUUCUCCUUCCUGUUUUUCUAUUCCUCCUGGUUUGAGUCCGGCUGAACUACUUGAUUCGCCUGUUUUGUUGAACUCUAACAAUGUUUUGCCAUCUCCUACAACUGGUGCUUUUGCUGCUCAUAGCUACAACUGGAAGAACAAUUCUGAGGGGAAUCAACAAAUUGCAAAUUUUUCUUUUCAAACCCAACAGGAUCAUGCUGUUUCUGCAUCCAACACAUCUUUUCAAUCAUCAAACGUUGGAAUUCAACAACAGCAACAGCCAUGGAGUUAUCAAGAAAGCACAAACCAAGAAGGCUAUUCAUCUGGAAACAAUAUGAUGCAAGGUGAAAACAACAAUAGUUCUAUGCAGAUUUAUUCUCCGGAGUUUGCUAAUGUUCAAAUGAACAACAACGUGAUGAAUAACAAUGGAGUUCAAUCUGAUUACAACAAUUACCAACCAGUACCGCUGCAACAAGUUCAAACCUUGAAUAAGAAAUCAGACGACGGGUACAAUUGGAGAAAAUACGGACAAAAACAAGUGAAAGGAAGUGAGAAUCCGAGAAGCUAUUACAAAUGCACGUACCCGAAUUGUCCUACGAAGAAAAAAGUUGAGAGAUCCGCCGAGGGACAUAUUACUGAGAUAGUUUAUAAGGGCACUCAUAAUCAUCCUAAGCCUCAAUCUACUAGGAAAAACUCUUCGAAUGGUCUUGUGAUUGUUCCUGCUAAUCCUAAUGGAAAUGAAAUCAUUGAUCAAUCAUAUGGAUCAUUUGGUAAUGGACAAAUGGAUUCCGGUGCUACUCCUGAGAAUUCGUCAAUUUCAAUUGGCGGAGAUGAUGAUUUUGAGCAGAGUUCUCAUCAAAAGAGUAGAUCCGGUGGCGGUGACGACUAUGAUGAUGAUGAGCCUGAUACUAAAAGAUGGAAAAAUGAUGGUGAAAAUGAGGGUAUUUCAGCACCUGGAAGCAGAACAGUGAGAGAACCUAGAGUUGUUGUUCAGACAACAAGUGACAUUGAUAUUCUGGAUGAUGGUUACAGAUGGAGGAAAUAUGGACAGAAAGUUGUCAAGGGAAAUCCAAAUCCAAGGAGCUACUACAAAUGUACACACCCAGGUUGUCCAGUGAGGAAACAUGUUGAGCGUGCCUCCCAUGAUUUGCGGGCUGUGAUCACAACAUAUGAAGGGAAGCACAACCAUGAUGUCCCUGCUGCUCGCGGAAGCGGAAGCAACUCCAUAAAUCGACCAAUGCCAAACAACCCUUCAAAUCCAAACAAUGCGGCCACUGCCAUAAUGCCACUACAGAUUCAAAGGCCACAACAACCAGCACAACAAGUCCAAUCCCAAUCCCAUCCUUUCAACAUAAACAUGCUGCAGCCUCAAGGAAGCUACGGAUUUUCAAGGUUUUUGAAUCCAAUGGAGUCUUACAUGAACCCUCAACAGCAACAGCAACAGCAUCAACAACAGCAGCAGCAAAUGUCUGAGAAUGGUUUUUCCUCUAGGGCUAAGGAGGAACCUAAGGAUGACAUGUUUCUCGAGUCAUUGCUAUGCUGA